AUGGCUGCUCACAGGGUGCUGCACGCGCUAGUGCGGCGUGCAGCGAGGUAUGAACGACCGUUCAACAGUCAAGACUCACUUUUGAUCAUUAAGGCGUUACAGGCCCUGCGAUAUCGCAGCGACGAGGUGAGGGGUGUGUGUGAAAAGUGUGCCUUUGCCAUUGCAUCUUCCCGCAUUACGGUUCCGGUUGAGCGUGUCAUCGAGGCUCUGAGUAGCCUUUUAUCGCUUCAAGCAGCCCCGCUUCCCAUCGUGCAUGAAAAACUUGCGGAACGGCUCUCUGAAGUCACCACACAAACGGUUUCUUCACGUUCCAUCCAGAAGGCGGCUGUUGUUGUUAUGAGGCUUGGAAAGCGGUACGGAAAGCGUGCAAUAGCUGAUCACCUCUUCGACGUCCUGACACAUGAGGCGAUAUCGCACCCAAACGACGUUGCACUGCAAUUGGCAGUGAUUAGUGUGUUUAUGUACACCAGUACCGCGGCGAAGGCAGAGGCGAUGCGUUGCCAGAGAACCACAAAGGUCGGGGAAGAGGCGGAGGAUGGGCGUAUUAUUGCAGUCCUAGACGCAGCCACACGUCUUGUGGAUGCCCGUGUGUUGAGCAGUCUGCGUGGGAACAAUGUGCUGCAGGCAGUUCACAUGUUCUCUGUCCUUUCAUUGCGGCCCUCAACGGGUGGGUCAAGCAACGGCAUAGCACAAGUGGGCUUCAAUGGGGGUAGUAGCUCUGGUGUUAAUAGCCACAGUCACGGCACAACGCUGAGGUGGGCCCGUGUCGAGAAUGCCUUUCAUGAGGAGUUGCAGCUCUCCACUGUUGUUCCGGGUGGUUACGCACAGUUUUUGUUUGAUUUCAUUUCGACCUUUCGCACCGACGACAACGCUGGCGUUGCGAUGAAGCUGGCGCUGUUGAACGUCGUCUGCCAAGAGAACUUCUACAAGGCGUUGAACUGCUAUGAUGUGGCGAAAAUCGCCAUGGCAGUGAGUCAUGGCCUUCCAAGUCAGCGUUCCUACGCAGGGCAACAGGGGCUGCGGGGUGGGGUGGGGACGCCAGAGGCAAAGGAAGACGGAGGCGGAUCAGGGAGGGAUGGCCACCACGAGACACUGGAGGACCGCACGCUGCUGCAGGUCGUUGCGAGUCUCGUGCGGCAAUUACAGUUCUUUGACGACGUCGCAGGUUGGUCGCGCCCUGGGGGCGGACGUGUGGAACAAGUGGUUGUUGGCGCUGUGUGGAGGGUCACACAGAAACUUGUUUGCAACAUGCGUCUGGAGACGGAGGAGGUUCGGACAACUGUAGCGCAGCUUGUAAAGCUCACGCAAGGCAUUGCCACAAAGCUGCCUGAUGUAUGGCCGUGGGUGUUGUACUCCAUGAGCGUGUGCGCCCGCACGGCGGUGUACACGGAAGGCUUAAAGGAUGGGAUGGAACUUCUUAUACAGGAGUCGUUUCUUGCACACAGCCCGGAAGAGUUACCGCUUCGAUCUUGUGUUCAGGCGUUAUACGCGGUUUCCAUCCUCAUGGUGCCAAGCACUGAGGAGAAGAGACUACUGCGACGAAGUUCACAGGCGGCUGUGGAUGUUCGGGAACGCGUUCGUGCACGUAGCGCAGGAUGGACCCACGAGCACCGUUUUGUUACGGAUAUGCUGCGGCGUCUAUGUCGGUUCCGAUUUAUGGACUACUCGGGCGAUGAUUUUCCCAUGCUUUUGCAGGCUCUCACUACUCUGCUGGAGGUGACGACGGCACAGCACGCACAAGUUCCCUCUGCUGUCCAGCAGCUGGUGGAGAGGGUGUUAUGUUACAUGCAGGGCAACCGCAACUUGGAGUGGUGUCGCGUGCAUGGUGUGGGUAUUACAUGCACAUUGAUUUCCAUGGCGGAAUACCUUCCGGAAGACUGCAAACAAUUAAAAGAUGUGACGAAACAUUUUUUUCUCAAACUGCAGUCUAAAGAAAUGAUAGAUUUGGGCGUGCUGCGUCGUUGGAUGGAGCAGUUGUCGCAGCAAAAGCGCCGCGGGCCCACUUCAAAGUGGUUGUGUGAAGAGGUUCUGAUGUUGCUGGCGUUGCAGAUGCGGCGCAUCUGUACAGAACGGAAGGAACCUUUUUAUUUUUUACUAAACGCUUUGGAAUGUGCCCAUGAAAUUGGUGGUUCCAUUGCGUAUAUGCAUUCAUCUGAGGAGGCUUCCAACAUCCGGCAUGUGACGAUAAUUUUUGAUUUAGCGUUGUUUCUGCAGGAUGGAAGUCUGACGUCCGUGGAUGCGGCACAUGUUCUGCGCAUUAUGAGUUACGAGGUGCGUGACAGCGGCCAGGUGCGGGUCUCUGCUGCGCACAUUGUCCAGCUACGUUGUAUUGCAUGCGGCGAUCGGACGGUUGCCAGCAUGCGCGUGGAAACUUUACUCCACUUGUUGCGUGCAAAUGCCACUUUGCCAGCGUCAAGGGCGCUCUUUGAUACAGUGACCCUGGAAUACAUCAUGAGUGUGGUUUGCUAUCACAUGACGGAACACCGACAGGCCCUAAUACAGCGAGGAGAUGCAAGUAAGAUUGUGCAUGCCCUUUUGUUCUCCCAGCUGUUGCUACGCUUGAAGUGUUCAUUUAGGCGUUACAAUGGCCUUGUAGAGGCCAUAAAUGAUGUCUUGGAUACUCUGGAAUCCACUGGAGUGGAGAGGCCAGAGACGUUGUUUCAGCUGCGACUUUUGUGUGGUAACUGA